AUGGUCUAUCCGAUCUCCUAUCGCCGUCCUGGGCACGUCUCUCGAGCCUCUUCCACAACCUCCUUGUCGGGUGACAAUAAGCGAAAGUCGAUCCAUGAAUCCAUCAAGUCCGGCAGUAGUGGCAUGUCUCAUGGCAUCCCGGAGGCAUUGUCUUUCGACCGCAUCAUCGCUGGCGGUGUUUGCCCUCCCUGUACUGUUCGCGACUUCAUGAACUUCCUCAAAUACAUCGAGCUGUCUGCCGAGAAUCUGCAGUUUUACCUCUGGUUCCGUGACUACAGCAAGCGCUUCGAUGAGCUCCCAGCGAGCGAAAAGGUACUCUCACCCGAGUGGACUGGCGAAAACGACAGCCACAGCGAGCAGAAGACUGCUGCGAACCCCGUCAACCCCGUCAACCCCGAGGCGACAGCUCUUUUCAAAGGAACGGAUUUUGCAAGCGACCCCAAGGUCAACGAAUCAGAAAAGGGCGGCAGCAACCCUUUCUUCACACCUCCCCGCACGCCCACUAGCAUUGACAGGCGCGAAGGAGAGUCGCUCGACUCGUACGAUGAGAGCAUGACUACAGGCAAAGUAAACCACACUCAACGUGCUGCUGGUGCGUUUGAGAAUGCUGGCCUCAAAUGGAAGCCCUUGACGAUUCAGCCUUACCGCGAGGAAAUUAACCGCAUCAUCUCCAUCUACGUGGCCGAUGGAGGCUCGCGGCAAUUAAACCUUUCGUCCAAAGAACGCAGCGCUUUACUGCAUGCUCUCCAGAGCACAACACACCCUUCUGCCUUUCGCCAUGUCAUGACGACUGUUGAGUGGUCUCUCCGCUGCCAAGCGCACCCCAACUUCAUCCGGUGGACUAUCUGCAACGGCAACAGGCCUCGAGUUGUCUUUGCCCGUGGUCUGGGUAUCGGUGGCAUCGUCGCUGGUCUGAUCGUCGCCAUCAUCCUCACAGUUAGCACCGCCAGCCGUGCAUGGCGAGUCAUCUCCCUGAUCGGUUUCUUCAUCGGUAUCUCGACGUUGAUUGCUGCCUGGAAAGGCAUGUGUGUUGUCCUUCACGGCAUGCAUCACCGACAUUUGCGACCUUGGGAGCUCUUCACGUCGGAUGACGAGCCGCAAGGGUACGACACGAAACUGGAUUCAAUGGACACACUCAACUCUCAUGCCUCGAGCAACUCGUGGGAAGACGAGCCGUGGGUCGCCAAAUACGAGAAGCGCAACGUUAUCCGUAAGAUCUUCGACCGCGAGGUCUGGAUCCAAGAGCCUGCCCUCCGCCAGAUCCAGGACACGAUUUUUCUACAAGCCAUCCUCGGCGCCCUUGUCAUUUCAGCGAUUGCCGUCGGCAUUUUCUGCGCGAUUCCCAAGGGCAAUUACUUCUAA